AACACAACAAGGUCAAUUCCGUCACUUCAGCCUCGAAUCCUCUGGAACACUGCACCUUCCUUACGGUGCACCUUCUCUCUCUCCAAAACAUGUUUCAAUCACAAAGUUUCAUUUUCUUUUUUUAGAUUUAUUGCAAAAACCCAUUCUUCAAAACCCUAAUAAACAAAAAUUUCCCCCUUUGGCCCGAAUUUCUACUUUAAAAACCCUUCAAAACCCUAAUUCGUGCUCCAAUCAUCGAGAAAUCAAGUCCAGAAACUCAAUCGUAUAACGAAUCGUUUGCUGCACGACGUCAAUUGGCUGGAAUUUCUGUCGUUUUCAGUGUUGAUUUUUAGUGUGAAAAUGUCAACGAGGAGGAGAGCAGGGGAGGAGAGAUUAUACUACAGUCCACCGGCGAUGAGGCGGCGGCAGCAGGAGCAAUCGGAGCUAAAGUCGGCCUCGUCGUCGUCGUUGCCUGAGAGGAAAGGAUCCGGGUCGGAUUCGUAUUUGGAUCGGUUCUUGGAGCACACCACUCCCGCUGUGGCAGCUCAGCAUUUUCCGAGGACAAGUAUGAGAUCGUGGAGAAAUCGUGGUACUGAGUUCCAUCCGUACUUCAUUCUCGGGGAUCUUUGGGAAUCUUUCAGGGAGUGGAGUGUAUAUGGAGUUGGAGUUCCCCUCCUUUGGAAUGAGAGUGAUUCUGUUGUCCAAUAUUACGUACCAUCCCUAUCUGGUAUCCAAUUGUAUAUAGAUCCAACACGCCGCGUCGUGGAACAAAGGAGACCUGGUGAGGAAAGUGAUGCUAAUUCCUCCAGGGGGACAAGUACUGAUGGGGAAAGUGAAGGAACUGACAGAGGUGCCAAUGAUGCUCGGGGAUCUUGGAACCAGAAGAACAAUAUUGGCCAUGGAUUUAGAAGAUAUGCAGGGAGAAACAACCCUUCUAUGGAAUCAUCUGUUGAUGCAGAUGAUAUUAGCAACCCCCCUGGUCUACUUAUCUUUGAAUACUUUGAAAGGGAGCUCCCAUUUCAUCGUGAACCACUAGCUGAUAAGAUGUCAAAACUUGCCUCUCAUGUUCCUGAGCUAAAAACAUACAGGAGUUGUGAUCUGACUCCUUCAAGUUGGAUGUCUGUUGCUUGGUACCCCAUAUAUAGGAUACCUGUAGGCCCAACUCUACAAAAUGUUGAUGCAUGUUUCUUGACUUUCCAUUCACUUGCAAAACCUGUUAAAGGUGGGUAUGAUGCUAGUAGCAAGCUCUCGCUGCCUACCUUUGGACUUGUUUCUUACAAGUUCAAAGCCGCAGACUGGAAUGGGGAUGGAGUUUAUGAAGGCCAGAAAGUUAAUUCUCUCUCACGAGCUGCUGAUAAUUGGCUUCGACUACUGCAAGUCGAUCAUCCUGACUACAACUUCUUCAUGUCGCACAACACUUACUGGAGAUAGUACGAUAACCGCAAGAACUCCUCCUCUCUAACAAACUCUAUACUGCCGUCAGCAGGGUAGACCCCUCUCAUCCUUACCACGAUACAGGCUGCAAGCGGUGUGAGCAUGUGUGCGUCUACAUAGCAGAUGAUGAUGGAGUUGUGCGCGGGAGAUGCCGAUUAUGGUGUAGAGGAAGUUUUGACACCCGCCCUAGUAAGUAGCUUCCUACAACCAAAUGCAGAUAUUAGAUGUUUGGUGAUGGAUUUUGAACUUCUGAAUGAUGGAUAAUUGUCUUACUGGCCCUGUCUUCUCUUUCUCUCUCUAAUCUUUUUUUUUUUUUAAAUCCGGGCCGUCUUUGCUGAUUAGGCUGCCUGAUGAUGACGAAUAGUAGUAUAUCAUGUAUACAACCUUUUGGCUAUGUAUUCCUUAUAGAUUGUAUAUUAAUAACCUGGUGCAAAUUGCAAUGUGUGGUUAAGUUUGAA